GAUAAACAAACUGAGUUUGGAACAAGUUAAGUCCUAAAUUGCAAUGAAUUGUAUUUUAACCGUUGUUGCUGUGUUCUCCUUCCACUUAAUCUACUCAUCAGGCUUCAACGACACAGUCGUAAAUCCGGAAGUUGAAGAUGUUCUUUGGACUUCCCAAACUUUUUUAAUUCCGACUGGGCUCUCAUUUUCUUCUCUGGACACGACAGCACUAGAAUCAAUCGAUAAUCCUCGUUGGAGGCCUCCUAGAAUGCAGGGAAGCAACCGAAUGAACUACCAGCUGCGUUCUCAGUGGCGGCAUCGCAACGAAUCCUACGAGGCUUGUGGGAGGUACAGUCGCUUUUACUGCCUGCACGCGUACGAGACAGAUGCAGAAGCUGUAGCGUUCGAAUAUACAAGCAGACAACAUAAUGCAAUGGUCAUAUUACAAGAUCCAAGCUUCAUGGGAUUGGAAUUAGAAAAUAACCUUGAAGUAAAUAUAGAAAGCGAGUGUACUGAAGCAUUGCGACCUAUCUUCAGAAGACAUAACUUGUUUUACGGACGCAGAACUUGCUGUGCGGGCCAAUGUGAGAGAUACCGAGAGCAUGGUUUUUCUAGAAUGAUGAUGACACUUCGCGAAUACAUUUCGAAGCUAACUGACUACUCUGAAACAGGAAAGCAGUUGAAUUACAUCCGAUCUUUUUUCCAACUUCGAUGCCGAGUCAACGUUAUCACGAAAAUAGGCUUUGGACAAGGCGAACUGCGAAGACACAGUCAUCCUUAUUUGAGCUCCCUUCCUCUAGCCGGCUUCAAUUAUGUGCUGGGAAUUGAAGAUAUUGAUUUUGAUAUCGAAAUACCAUAUGACAAUCCAGAAGAUUUUCUGACGUUCAAGUGGUUCAAGCACAACGUUAUAUGUCGAGAUCAACCCUGGAUCUGUGGCUAUGAAGAAGCGGAGACCAGUAUUAAUACGAGUCCAAACAGAGAUAGAUCUGGUGUUUCCUCGCCAAGAGUUAAUCUGGGUGGCAUUUUUAGAGAAAGACAACCUUGAGCAUCAAUGAAAAUAUGUUCAUUAUAAGCGUCGUGUUAUUGUUUUUGAAUAAACUGCUUUUUAAAAGAACAUGCUUCAAAUAUUUUACCAUGAUCAAUUUUUGCAACCAGCUUUUUGCCAUUUUUUU